AUGGGAUUAUCAUACAGUCUGUUGUUUCUUUUAUUCCUCGUUCCUUUCGCAUAUCUGUGUUUUCCCAAGCUUUGGCUGAGGAAAAAGUUGGCCAUUGCGAACAGCAAUUCUUCUUGUCAAAACCAAAGGCUUCCACCAGGGAGAACAGGUUGGCCUUUACUAGGUGAAAGUCUGGAAUACUUCACCAAAAUUCGACAAGGUGUUCCUUACCAGUUUGUCAAAGAUCGGAUGAACAAGUAUUCGUCCAAGGUUUUCAGGACAUCAUUGAUUGGACAGCCCAUGGUUAUACUAUGUAGUGCUGAGGGAAACAAAUUUCUGUUUUCCAAUGAAAGGAAAUUGGUCCAGGUUUGGUGGCCGAGCACAAUGGACAAGAUUUUUCCCAAGUCUGAUCAUAGACCUAGCAGUGAACAUUCAAAUAGGUUAAGGAAACUGCUUCCAUUCAUUCUCAAGACAGAUGUGCUUCGAGAAUAUGUUGGAAUUAUGGAUGCUGUAAUGAAGAAACAUUUGCAGACAGAAUGGAACUGUGAAGAAGUGAAUGUGGGUGAAAAGGCAAAGAAGUACUUGUUAACAUUGGCAUGUAAUAUAUUCUUAGGCCUUGAUGAUCCAGAGAAAAUUGACGAACUUGCGAAGGGUACAGAAGAUGUAGGAACAGGUAUUCAUUCCAUGCCAUUUAAUUUGCCAGGAACAGCUUUGAAUCGUGCCAUUAAAGCAUCAAAGCUUAUGCGUAAAGAGGUGGAAGCACUUAUCAGACAAAGAAGAAGUGAUGUUUCAGAGUAUGGUCCAUCUUCGGCAAAGGAUUUCGUGUCACACAUGGUUUUGCCAUUUAGUAGGUUUGGUGCAAGCCGGCUAUACAACUAUUCAUAG